GUUAUAUCCACAGGUAUUUAAACACUUCUCAUCAGUUUGGCAGUAUUUUGUUUUGAAUCGGAAAAUAAAGAUAGCUUCAGGAUGCCUCUUAUUCAGUUAUCUCUGCAAAUCAUGGUAAUAGUUUUGACUAUCAAUGCUGGGUUGAUUGAUGCAGGAAUUUCAAACACUUGCUUAGACUGUAUUUGUGACGUAGAAUCAAAUUGUAACAAAGAGAUUGGAUGUGCGGAUGACGGCGGAUCGGAUUCCUGUGGACCAUUUCAAAUAAAGAAAGUGUACUGGAUUGACUGUGGUAGACGAGGUGACGGUUAUGAAGAGUGUACAAAGGAUUAUGAUUGUGCCAAAGAAUGUGUUCAGGCUUACAUGAAUCGUUAUGGAGAUUCGACUUGUGGAACAACUUGUGAAGAUUAUGCACGUAUGCAUAAUGGAGGUCCUGAAGGCUGUAACAAAAGUGCCACUAAUGCAUACUGGAAUAAGAUAAAAAAUGCUGGCUGUAGCAGAAAUAGCUAAACCUUUAAUCUAUAAAUUCAUUUUGAGACUUUAUGUAAUCGGCACUCACUUUUUUCAUUGACUUUAAAUAUCAAAACUACCAUUUCAGAAGCCUGACAUACCUUGUAUAUAUAUUUCAUUCUGAUAUUCAAAAGAGUCUUAAUCAAUAAUUUUUCUCUUUCUUCAUUUUCUCAAUAAAUGCUUCCUAUAUCGCA